ACAUACACACACAGGGAGACGAAGAGGUGAGGUGGGAAUGUGAAUAAAUGGUAUUAUUCUUAAUUCUAAACUGGGCUAGUUUGACUGAUUGGUGGCAGAUGGACAGCUAGAUGGAACCCACGCCGCAACUCUAACGACUGUUAUUUUCUGAUGAUGUGGCUCGUUGUGCGAAGAGCUUUAGGAAAUUAAAAGUUGCUAGUAAGAUAUAUAGAUAUAUAUGAGCUGGCAACAGGACGCCUUGCAUGUCCUAAGCCCCGCGUACAAAUAGCCCCCCCCCCCCGGCCCACACCAACCUCGUUCCUCGCCCCUGACCCCUCUUAUCUCGGUUGCAAAACCCCGUUGAUAUCGAAAUUAAAUGUUGCUAGUAAGAUAUAUAGAUAUAUAUGAGCUGGCAACAGGUUGCCUCGCGUGUCCUGGGCUCUGCCUAUAAAUACCCUCUCGUCCCACGUCUCCCUCGUUCCUCGCCUUUCUUCUCUCGAUUUUAAAAACCCGUUGAUAUCGAAAUUCAAUGUUGCUAGUAAGAUAUAUAGAUAUAUAUGAGCUGGCAACAGGUCGCCUCGCGCGUCCUGGGCUCUGCCUACAAGUACCCCCUCGUCCCACGCCUCCCUCGUUCCUCGCCUCUCUUCUCUCAGUUGCAAACCCCUGUUGAUCUUGAAAUAAAUUGUUGCUAGUAAGAUAUAUAGAUAUAUAUGAGCUGGCAACAGGUCACCUCGCGUGUCCUAGGCUCCACCUACAAAUAUCCCCCCGGCACAUGCCUCCCUCGUUCCUUGCCUCACUUCUCUCGGUUGUAAAACUCUGUUGAUAUUGAAAUUAAAUGUUGCUAGUAAGAUAUAGAUAUAUAUGAGCUGGCAAUAGGUCGCCUCGCGUGUCCGGGGCUCCACCUACAAAUACCUCCUUGGCACACGCCUCCCUCAUUCCUCGUCUCUCUUCUCUCGGUUGCAAAACCCCGUUGAUACCGAAAUUAAAUGUUGCUAGUAAUAUAUAUAGAUAUAUAUGAGUUGGCAACAGGACGUCUGGCGUGUCCUGGGCUCCACCUACAAAUACCCCCUCAGCACACGCCUCCCUCAUUCCUCGUUUGUUGAUAUCGAAAUUAAAUGUUGCUAGUAAUAUAGAUAUAUAUGAGCUGGCAACAGGACGCUUUGCGUGUCCUGGGCUCUGUCUACAAAUACACCCCCCCCCCCCAGCACACACGUUCCUCGCCUCUCUGCUCUCGGUUGCAAAACCCCAUUGAUAUCAAAAUUAAAUGUUGCUAGUAAGAUAUAUAUGAGCUGGCAACAGGUCGCCUCGUGUGCCCUAGACUCCGCUUACAAAUACCCCCUCCCUCUCGGUCCACGCCUCCAUCGUUCCUCAUCGAGAGAGGAACUCAAAUCUCUCACCAUGGAUCUGCGCCAGGAGCUCGUCUAUAAUGCCAAGCUUGCCGAGCAGGCUGAGCGCUUUGAUGAGAUGAUGGAUGCAAUGAACCGUGUAGCAAUGCUGGACACGCAGCUAACAGCAGAGGAGAGGAACCUCCUUCUGGUGGGCUAUAAGAAAGUGACUAGUGCAAAGCGUGCAUCGCUGCAUGUCCUCGCAUCUACUGAGCUGAAAGAGGCGACAAAAGGUAAUCAAGGUCGUGUGAGGAUAACUACGGAGUUCCGUCAUAAGGUGGAGGCUGAGCUAGACAGGAUCUGCAAUAAUGUGAUUGAAACUAUUGACAAGCAUCUUCUCCCAUUUUCCUCUGAUGCUAAGAGCAAGGUCUUCUACUACCAAAUGAAGGGAGAUUUUUACCGGUACCUUGCGGAGUUGAAGAUGGGGCCUGAGAUAUUUGAAGUAGCUGAUCAAUCACUGAAGGCAUAUGAGACUGCUUCUAAAAUAGCUGAGGAAAAUUUCUCUCCAGCAGACCAUAUUAGGCUUGGUCUUGCGCUAAAUAUCUCUGUGUUCUAUUAUGAGAUCAUGGAUUCACCUGACAGGGCUUGUCAAGUUGCAAAGCAAGCUUUUGAUGAAGCUGUUGUUGAGCUUGAGUCACUCAAUGAAGAUGAUUACAAUGACAGCACAAUGAUCCUGCAAAUUUUGAGGAAUAAUCUCGCACUCUGGAAUUCAAAUAUGGAUAUUGAUGCAGACGACGCUCCGGAAUGGACAGGAAAGGGUGGUGCUCCAGGCAAUCCCCCAGCGUGAUGGAAAUGCUACAUAGCUGGUAGAGUUGGAAUGAAAGAAUUGGUGGGCUAUGUUCCAUCUACUGGUUUAUGUCUCGUUUGAGUUUAUUGUAAUCACUUACUCGCAUUAGGACUUCAUUCUUCGACUUUGAGAUCACUCGCUUGCCGGUCUUAGCCAUUGAAGUUGUUGCGUUACUCCGGAUGAUGAUUCAGUGCAAUGUUACCUAUUUUUUACUAAA